AUCGGACGUUACAAAAUUUUGAUCUGAAGCAACGACGGGAGCUCGCUAGCUCGCUGUGAAGCUUCGCUCUUCGGCGUUUUCGUAGCCUUCGGCCGUUCGGCGUCUUCACAGCCUUCAGUCGUUCGGCGUCUUCGCAGCCUUCACUCUGCCCUAAUCUUCCCUCUCCGCCCUAGCCGCUCGCAACGCUAUUAUCUGCACGAUCACGGACCGCCUGUUCUGCUUUUGCUGUCGCCGAUCCUUUCCAUCCCAUACGGGCCCGUUGGUGUGAAGACCUCGUCGUUCUCGCUGGUGUAAAGACCUUGCCGUUCUCAGAUUGAAGUAGAUUGGUGAGGCCUAUCUGGAAGGUUUUCUGCGGUUUGCUUCUAUGGAUUUUGAAAGCUUUGUCAAAGGAAGGACUACAAUUUCUCAUGAAACAAAAUUUGGAUUUCAUCAUUCAAGGUACAACUCCACUUGGGAAAUCCCUGAAGACCUGCAUAAAAUUAGCCAGUAAGAGGGUUCCAACGCAACUUCAGAUGAAUAACAGCGAGCAUGUUAGUCGAGGUGUUCUUAUUGUUUUGGAAGGAUUGGAUCGUUGUGGGAAGACCACUCAAUGUGGUAAGCUGGUCUCUUUCCUUGAAGGAAGAGGCUUACCAGUUGAAGCAUGGAGAUUCCCUGAUAGGAAUACGGACAUUGGAAGAAUGAUUUCAUCAUAUCUUACCAAUCGAUCACAGCUAGAUGAUCAAGCAAUUCAUUUACUUUUCAGUGCUAAUAGAUGGGAGAAGAGGUCACUAAUGGAGAAUAAGUUAAGAAAUGGAACCACUCUUGUGGUUGAUCGUUAUUCAUAUUCAGGAGUUUCUUUUUCAGCAGCCAAAGGCCUUGAUAUUGAAUGGUGUAAGGCACCAGAGAAGGGGUUGAUAGCUCCUGAUUUAGUAGUUUACCUGGACAUAAUGCCAGAGGAAGCUGCUAGUAGGGGAGGCUAUGGAUCAGAAAGGUACGAACAGCUUGAGUUCCAAAGGAAUGUAGCUCAUUGUUAUCAAAUUCUCCAUGAUGCUGCCUGGAAGGUUAUUGAUGCCCGCCUUCCACUUGAUUCAAUUGAGAACCAGAUUCAAGGGCUUGCACUGGAGAGCAUUAAAUCAUGUCAAAAGAAACCGCUUUCAACUCUUUGGCUCAACAAUUAGGUAUCAAUGCAUCAGAGUUAUAAUUUUGCCAUUGCAAAACAAAUGCUGGGUUUUAUUAUUCUACCAUGGACUAUAUGAUGAGGACAUCAGAGAUCAACGGCUACGUUCUGGAGUUUAUUUUUUUUUGAUGUAUUUUAUUUACUAGUUUAUUUAUAUUUAUGUUUUUCCCAUUUUACCCCUAGGGUGGUCAUAUGGUGUUGUAGCUCAAAGGGCAUUUUUGUCAUUGUUUCUUUUCUUUUCAUGAGGCCUAUUUAUAGGUUAGUUCUCUUGUAUUUUGAGUUACUUAUGCAUAUGAAUAAAAAUUUCAGCUUUCUUGUU